AUUUUGAAGCCAGUUUUAUUCGCCUGAUUGACAAAGUGACCAAUGGUUCUCAGAUUGAAAUAAACCAAACAGGUACUACCUUGUAUUAUCAGCCUGGUCUUCUAUAUGGCGGCUCAUUGGAACAUGACUGCAGCCCCACUCGUGGUAUUGGCUACUACUUGGAAAGUCUGCUCUGCUUGGCACCUUUCAUGAAGCAUCCAUUGAAGAUUGUCCUGAGGGGAGUAACAAAUGACCAAGUAGAUCCUUCGGUUGAUGUCCUUAAGGCAACAGCUCUACCCCUACUGAAGAAGUUUGGAAUUGAUGGUGAAAGUCUGGAAAUCAAGAUCAACCGGAGAGGAAUGCCUCCCAAAGGGGGUGGAGAAAUAGUGUUUGCUUGCCCAGUGAGAAGGGUCUUGCAGCCUAUUCAGUUUACAGACCCAGGCAAAAUCAAGCGCAUCAGAGGAACUGCAUAUUCUGUCAGAGUGUCACCACAGAUGGCAAACAGAAUAGUGGAAUCUGCAAGGAGCAUCCUGAAUAAAUUCCUUCCUGACAUUUAUAUCUACACGGAUCAUAUGAAAGGGGUCAGCUCUGGAAAAUCACCAGGUUUUGGCUUGUGCCUUACAGCAGAAACCAUCAAUGGCACUUUUCUCAGUGCUGAGUUAGCCUCAAACCCUCAGGGCCAGGGAGCAGCUGUGCUUCCCGAGGAACUUGGCCAGAAUUGUGCUAAACUGCUGCUUGAGGAGGUCUACAGGGGAGGCUGUGUAGAUUCAACAAAUCAGAGCCUUGCUCUGCUCCUCAUGACCCUUGGACAACGAGAUGUUUCCAAAGUCCUGUUAGGACCUCUGUCUCCAUACACGUAA